AAACAAGCCAAUGAUCUGGUGAGUACUCUGGUGAAGUGUACACCUCACUACAUCCGCUGUAUUAAACCCAAUGAGACAAAGAAGCCCAGAGACUGGGAAGAGAGCAGAGUAAAGCAUCAAGUGGAGUAUCUGGGUCUGAAGGAGAAUAUAAGAGUUAGACGUGCUGGCUAUGCUUACAGAAGAAUCUUUCGCAAGUUCUUGAACAGGUACGCCAUUCUCACAAAGGAGUCAUGGCCGACUUGGCGUGGCGACGAGAAGCAGGGUGUGCAGCACGUCCUGCGCUCCGUACACAUGGACCAGGACCAGUAUCAGCUCGGACACACCAAAAUCUUCAUUAAAGCCCCAGAGUCGGUAAGAUCUGACGAAAGACCUACUAACUCCCACAUCACUUCCUUCAAAUUCAAUUGAAAUGUUACUUUAU